AUGGCCGCGUGGGUGGCGCGGGCCCCGGUGGCGGUGUGGCAUCGGCCGGGGGAUCGGGUCGGCCCCCCAUCGCGCCGCCGACAUGGUCGCCCCGAGACGCGUCGGCGGUGCGACACGAGCGGCGCGCUCGAUCUCGCCGCCGCCGCCGCGCGCGCUCGCCCCGCGGUGGACCUCUACGACCUCAGCGACACCCUCACCGAGUACUCCACGGCGUGGGAGUGGCAGCGCGCCAUCCUCGACCUCCGGCUCCGGCACCUCGCUCGAGACGACGCCGACGACGCGAUGCUCGAGGAGGCGAACGACGACGACGACGACGACGCGCCGCUGGGAUCGAGGGACGUGGUGCUCAUGGUCCAGCAUCCCCCGGUGGUCACCCUCGGCACCGGAUCCACCGCGGCAAACCUGAAGUUCGACCCCGACGCCCCGGACGCGCCUUUCCCGGUGCACCGCACCGAACGAGGCGGCGAGGCGACGUACCACGGCCCGGGGCAGCUCGUGAUCUACCCCAUCAUCAACCUCCAGGACGGGCACCACCGCCCGGACCUCCACUGGUACAUGAGGUCCCUCGAGGACGUCGCGCUGGCGACGAUGGAGUCGCUCGGCGUGGCGAGACCCGGCCGCGUCGACGGGCUCACCGGCGCGUGGGCCAACGUGAAUGCGUCGCCACCCGGCGCCGAAAGUCAUCGCGAAAGUCACGGCACCCCGGACGGCACCCCGGACGGCACCUCGGCACCCGGGGACAUCGCCGGGCGCGAGCACAAGCUGGCGGCGAUCGGCGUGCGCGCCAGGCGUUGGGUCACCUACCACGGGAUGGCGCUCAACGUCGACCCGAACCUCCAACACUUUCGAGCAAUCGUGCCGUGCGGCAUCGGGAACAGGCCGGUGGGGUCCGUGGCGCAGAUGCUUGGGGGACGUCCGGGUGUGGUGAGCGCGUUGGACGACGGGUCGUUGGACGCCGCUUUCGAGGGAUUCGAGGGAGAAUUCAUCGAUGGAACGCGUUGGCCCGGCGCGGACGACGCGCUGAUGCGGGCGGCGAGGACGGCGGCGACGGAUGCGUUUGAGCGAGUCUUUCGCGUCCGUCUGCGUCCGAGGCGCGGCGCUCCGGACGUCACAGCUGUCGGGGGUGACGGUUCCGGGCGGUGA